UGACGAAUAGAGUUAACUAUUGGAGUUUUUGCCAAGACUUAUACCCUCAAACGAUGAAAGUUUGGCUUGCUUUUUUUCCCUUCUUGAUAACAACGUGUACGGCAAUAACUAAGAAGAGAUGCCAGUUCGAUACGAAAACGAAGGCUAAACUGAACAAAUUGCUUCCAAUGCUGCUAGAGUUGAGCGUAGAUGUACUCAAGACAAAAGAAACGAUUGAAAAAAGAUGGGUAAAUGACAACUACCAGGUGGCUUCCGUAGAGUCAAUAGUUACACCUAUCCAACAAUUACAGGCUACGAAGAAAACUACGCCUCAAAGCACUUUAGAAGUGAACUACCGUAUUUUGAAAGUGUUCCUGCCACUCAUAAGAACGUUGAAAAGGCAACUCAGCGCUUUCUCAGUGGCUAGAGAUGUAACGUAUCAGCUUCAGGAAAUUAGGUGGAAAGUUGAAAAUACAAUGAUUUUUGUUCGGGCGAUUCAAAAUGCAUUGAAGCCUGGCCAGCCGCAAACAUCAAGUCUUCGCCCCAGCACGACCGCUGUCAGUAACUCAACUCUCAACUCAGUUAGUGGUGUUCCGAUUGUUGUCCAGACCCCAACAACAGCUGCACCCUCGGCCAUAACACUUUAUGGAGUUGCUGUGAAAGCAUCCGCUAUGCUGGAAGAUUUUUACACUGAAAUUGUCGUAAUGCAAGUGGACCUUGUGAAACCGCAGCAAGUGCUUGACGAAAACAUUCGUGUAGUCAAAGCCUUCAUCUCACUAACGAGGAAUUCCACAAAACAGCUUAGCCAUCUGAAACUUGGUGAGAAGUUGAUGAUACGGGAGGGAAUGAAUCGAAUAAAACGUCUGGCGAACGCAUUGGUGCAGCGACGUUUACCAAGGAUUUUGAUCGAAAUGAAGCGGGGCUCAAGAGGGAAAAGAACUAGUGGAUUACGAGGAGGCCGGCAGAUGAACAAUACAGACAUCACACCACAGACACCACUUGCUUUAACCAAACCUUCAAGUGUCACAUCAAUCCAUGGCUCCACAACUGUUCAGGAUUUGUUUUCCGAACACAAAUCAUUCUGA